AAAGAGAAACCACAAGUUCCCCAAACCACCCACAGCCGUCACUUGGCCAAUCUUAAACCAAGCAAUGCAUCACCGGUAGGACUGGUCCUUCAUCUCUCCAUUUGAACGCCUCACUGUCAUUGGGCUUCCUCUACCUUCUUCCAUUUUGUUGGUCUUUUGACGAAGGACAACUUGAAGCCUGCGCAGGUGGAGGAGGAAGAAGACAAAAGAGAGAGAGAUGAAGAUCCAGUGCGAUGUGUGCGAGAAGGCACCGGCGGCGGUGAUAUGCUGCGCCGACGAGGCCGCUCUUUGCCCGAGCUGCGACGUCGAGGUCCACGCAGCCAACAAGCUCGCCAGCAAGCAUCAGAGGCUUCGCCUCGAGUGCCUCCCCAACGGCCUCCCUCGCUGUGACAUCUGCCAAGAAAAAGCAGCUUUCAUCUUCUGCGUCGAGGACAGAGCCCUGUUUUGCCGGGACUGUGAUGAACCUGUUCAUGUCGCUGGUACCCUUUCCGGCAACCACCAGCGUUAUUUAGCUACUGGAAUCCGUGUGGCCGUAAGUAAGAUGUGCGACAAGGACCUAAAGGACAACACUGAACCACCACGCCAUGGACCGCCCUUGAUUGCAACAAAAGUUCCUGCAACACAACAGAGCACACCAUCAUUCAUGCAUUCUGCAUGGGCUGUUGAUGAGUUCCUUCAGCUUUCAGACCAAGAAAUUGGUGAAAAGGAGUCUCCUGUUGGAUUUGGAGAGUUGGAAUGGUUUGCAGACAUUGGUCUUUUCCAUGAUGAAACGCCAAAGGGUGCCCAAGCAGCAGCUCAAGUUCCUGAACUCCCUACAUCACAAGCAAGCAACACAGGUUUCCACAAGGCUAACAAACAUGGCACAACAUUCAAGAAGCCUAGGCUUGAGAUAUCUGAUGAUGAGGAAUACUUCACUGUCCCUGAUAUUGGAUAAAGCUUAAUGUUUCAUUGCCUAAAAUAUUACACUUAUGUUUUGGUGAGGACACAGAGACAGAUGCUUAAAUCUAUUUACAUUUCCAUGGAAAAUAUGGAUAGAUUUAUGAUCAGUUGCUAUAAACAACUAUAUUUAAGCUUGCUUUGCA